GUUGUGUUUCGAUUUUCGUUUGAAACGGUCGUCCCUUUCUUUGCACCAGCCAUGCGUCACACGUUACGGAACCAGUUGGAGGAGGAUGGCUACGUGGUCUUAGAAGAUUUUCUUCGACCGGCAGAGUGCGACGAACUCCGAAACGCCGGUUUGGAACUGACAAAGCAAGCUCUCGAAUCUGAGGACAAAGCUGUCUUCUCUACCUUGGAAAACAACAAACAACAACUGAAGGACGAGUAUUUUCUAAACAGCAAUGACAAGAUCAGCUUUUUCUACGAGGCCGAAGCGGUUGGACCAGACGGUAAACUUCUGGUGGAUCCAAGUAUAUCUUUAAACAAGGUUGGACACGCCCUACAUCUCCUGCACCCAAUCUUCAGAUGCUACACCUACAGUGAUAGAGUCAAAGCAGUGUGUCGGGAGCUAGGUUUCAGAGAACCAGCGGUUGUACAGAGUAUGUACAUAUACAAAAACCCUGGGGUCGGUGGAGAAGUUGCAGAUCACCAAGAUGCAACAUAUUUGUACAGCGAACCUGUUCCCCCUAUCGGAUUUUGGAUCGCCCUUGAAGAUGCGACAGUAGAAAACGGCUGCCUGUGGAUGGCCAGAGGCUCUCACAAAUCUGGUGUCCACAGACGACUCAUCCGUAACCCGGAUAAGGAGUCCAAACAGGCUCUGAUCUAUGACAAAGGAGCGCCAUUUUACCCACAAUCUGGUUUUACGCCGGUACCGGUCAGCAAAGGUACUUGCAUCUUAAUACACGGUCACGUUGUACAUAGGAGCGCUCAAAACAAAUCGGAGAAAAGUCGCCACGCGUACACUUUCCACGUCGUAGAGAGACAAGAUAAUACCUAUUCACCAGAUAACUGGCUGCAGGAGGGGGAAAACGCUCCCUUCCAAAACGUCUACACCACUCCGCAGAUUCUAUAAUAAUACAGUUUAAUAAAGUAGGAAAACGUAUAACUGUUUUUAUUUUACUUUUUUCUAUCGAGGCGCUUUUUUAGUUAUCGUUAGUAUUUAAAAAAAAAUAUCGAUAUAUUUUAUCACUUGUAAUAUAAUAUCAAUUUUGGUAAAUAAA